AUGUCCGACGAGUUCUCGCUCCCUCCCGUCUCCUCCCGUUCUCGCGAGAUCUGUGCCCGGAAGCGGCUCUUCCGGGCCGAAGCGGCGGUGAGGGUCCCGCCCGCCAUGGAGGCUCCGCGCCCGCUGCUGCUCCUGCUGCUUCUGGGGCUCUGCGCCGCCCGCGCCGUGGCAGAGACCUCGCAAACAGAAACCGGCAAAUCUUCCACAGAGCCUGAGGCAGCCAAGCCGCCUGGAGCAGGUGACAACCAAGAACACAGGAACACACCACCAGAGGAAAAAAACGAGCAGAAGGGUAAAUCCAGCAAUGGCGAUUUUAAAACCGAUCUGAAUAGCAGCACCAGGCAGGAUAAGACGCAGAACACAAAUGAGGACCAGGAGGACACCAGUGUGACUGGAAAUGUCAGCAGUGAGAAGGACAAGAAAAACGAGUCACAGAAAGGCAGCAACCAGGAGUCUGCUGGGGGUGACCAAGGUUCAAAUGGCAAAAGUAGCAAUGCAGGAGGUGAGGGACAAGGACAUGAAGACCCGAACAGUAGCAGUGGUGGCCAGGGCAACCCCAGCAGUGGCACUGGUGGCCAGGGCAACCCAAGCAGUGGCACUGGUAGCCAGGGCAACCCAAGCAGUGGCACUGGUAGCCAGGGCAACCCAAGCAGUGGCACUGGUGAUCAGGGCAACCCAAGCAGUGGCACUGGUAGCCAGGGCAACCCAAGCAGUGGCACUGGUGGCCAGGGCAACCCAAGCAGUGGCACUGAUAGCCAGGGCAACCCAAGCAGUGGCACUGGUAGCCAGGGCAACCCAAGCAGUGGCACUGGUAGCCAGGGCAACCCAAGCAGUGGCACUGAUGGCCAGGGCAACCCAAGCAGUGGCACUGAUGGCCAGGGCAACCCAAGCAGUGGCACUGGUGAUCAGGGCAACCCAGGCAGUGGCACUGGUGAUCAGGGCAACCCAAGCAGUGGCACUGGUGGCCAGGGCAGUAGAGGGACCAGCACUGGCAGCAACAACAACAACAACAGUGAGCAGAGCAAAGACGAGGACAAGAAUAUCAACGGGAACAGUCAGGAUGGCAAGCAGCCAGACAGCCCCAAGAACGAGGGCACCAAGGAGAACAGCAGUGAGAAGAAUGAGGCUGGCACCGGCAAAAACAGCGACGACAAUGGCAGCAACACCCAGAACAACAACAAAAAGGACCAGGGCACGAGCCAGGGCAGUGGUGACAGGGACAGGGCUGGCACCCAGGGCAGCGAGGCCAGUAAUGGGCACACAAGUGGGGGCACCAGCCAAGGCAGCAGUGGUGGGCAGCAGGCCCAGACUGAGACGCAGGGCAGUGCUGGUAACGAGCAGCCUCACAGCCAGGACAAUCCAAAGAACUCCCAGGAGGACCAAAGCCCUUUGUCACACUUAGCUCCCUCCACUGUGGAGAGCUUUUUGGAAAAUGAAGAAAAUGCUGCAGACAUGGCCGAGGCUGAGGAGGGCAGUGACACGUCCUUGGAUCAGGACAGAGGCAGGAGUGUUCCCUCCCUGCCCAGGGCCCGCUCCGAGAGCAGCCAUUUCUUCGCCUACCUGGUGACCACAGCUGUCAUCGUUGCAGCCCUGUACGUGGCCUACCACAACAAACGGAAGAUCAUUGCUUUUGCUCUGGAAGGAAAAAGAUCAAAAACUGGUCGACGGCCCAAAUCUGGUGAUUAUCAGAGACUGGAUCAAAAGAUCUAGAUUCCUCCUCAGAGGAUGACAGCCGCCAAUGGGAAUGCAGUGCUGCCACAGCUGGAUUUCAGUCCACAGGAAGGAGGGAAAACGCUUUUUGUUUUGCACCUGCACCUUGAUAAAACCUCUCACUUCCCUGAAUUGCUCCUUUCCCAGCUGCCUUGUUUUACCCCUGGGCACCUGACUGCUGGAAAAGCAAGUCCCAGAACUGCACACCCAGAACUUCUGUGACCCAAUGCGAUGGAAUUUGCCAUCUGCUGGACUGACCCCUCGUUUUGGGGGGAAAAUUAAGGUUCUGCUGCACAAAGAGCCAUGGGACUGUCCCUUGCCUGGGAAUUAAGCUGCCUUGGGCUCCUCCUCCCUCUCCUUCUCCAUCUGUUGGGUUUGGAUGCUUGAGUUGGGAGUAUGUGAGUUCUCUUGCGCUUGUUUGGAGUUGACCCACCACAGACUUGGAUUUGGGUUUUCUCUCCCUGAUCAAUUUUCCAGUUUCACACACAUCUUUGGCCAUGCUGAAGCAGUUUUUGUGGUGUAACUCAAACCCUUCAUGCUCUGUGCAGGUCUUCUUCCUCCUGGUCCUUUCAGUUCAUCUGGGGGUGUUGGUUGUGGUGUGGGGCUGUGGAGGAGGGGGUCGGGCUGGGGAAGCUCCAUAUCCUGUCGGGAUCAGGGAUUCAGAUAGGAAGAUUGUUUCCUCCCCACUGUCAAAUGUAGGAAGGAAGGACUAUAAAUCCCUGAGGAGUUUGGGAUGAGUGAAGUUCCCAGGCCUUCCAGUUGCGUUGGACUGGUACUGGUCAGACCAAAGGCUGCCAAAGGCACUGGUGCCCCAGUUAUACCCGUGAGGUGGUUUUCAUUAGUUCUACUCCCCAGAGUUUUGUUCAAGCUGGGAGAGGGCACAAAGUACCUGCUUGGCUUGUGCUUUGGAUUUUUCCAGUAUAGGCAGAAACUGGGGAACCUAGAGCUCCUCACAUGGGCACCCAGCUGCUUCACAUCAGGUGCCAGGCAUGUGCCAGUCCCACAUUUGCUGACUGACCGCACGGGAAGAAUCCCAGGAUGGUUGAAUUCCUUCCUGGGGGACUUUUUUCUGGCCUUCCCAGGCUUGAGAACAAUCAGCUCCUUGCUUUGUGGUCACCUUGGAAAACGGCAGAGUUGUUUUCUGGUCACUGUGAAAGCUGCAGCUCUGGUUUUGAUUUCCUACUCAUUAAUUCCUAGAGGAGAGAGAGGGCUUGACCUUCUCCAACCCUAAAAUCAUCCUUUCCCUUUUUACUGGCUCUUGGCAAGCAUGAGGGGCACGAGAGUCCCUCUUGGCUUUAAAGAGUUCUCAGAGUUUCCCUAGGAAACAUCUAGGAUGCUAAAAGGAGUUGUUUUGGGGAGCAGGAGGGUGGAGGGAAGGGAAAGGGAAAUGGGGCUGUGAAUGUAACUCGGGGAAAAGGGUGGGAACCUUCUGCACCAAACCACCCUGCUGCAGAGCUCCUGUGGCAUCAGCCAGGCUGGGGGAUGCUUUAGGGCAGGGUCAGGGAGGGGGACACUGGCUUUUGGCUGGUGAUGGCAGAGAGACAAGCCCUAUUCCAGUGUCUGGAAUUCUGUGUGCUCCUGGGCUGCUCUGGCCAGGAUUAUUGAGUGAGUGCACUUUUUGGAGUGUGAGUGCUCUAUGCUUGCUUUGUCCUGUUUUGUUUUGUUUUGUUUUAAUUGAAUAAUAAUUUGGAAAGGUGAGGGUUUUUUCACCAUCUACUUAUUUUUCUAUCCUGAGAGCUGUUUCAAAUCCUCUCUUGCUCCAGGCUGUGAGAAUCCCACCCUGCUGCCAACAGGGAAUAUCAAAAUAUUGACCUCAAACACCUCGAUCCCAGGCUGAGCCAAGCACAAGCUCCUUAGGGUAAUAAGGACACACCUCAGGGCUCUGGGGAGUGCUGGCUCUGGGGGGAGGCAGAUCUCACACCAGGCUGAAUUGCGGGGUUACCCCCAAAAUCUCCCUGCCAACAAUUCCCGAGGCUGGUGUGUUCUGCCAAUAGUCCGGGCUGCCUCAAACCUCUGGGAAUUGCUCCCCGUUUGUUGAGUUUCAUGGUGUUUAUGCAAUAUGUCCCAAAGUGGUCAAGGUGCACAGCACCCUUUCCCUUUGGGCACACGUGUUUCUCGUGGAUGGUGUCUGCUGGUAGAGAGGGGGUUUUUGCCAAUUAUUCCUACUUUUUAGGCUUGAACCAGCACCUGAUUUGUUUUCUGCUGCAGUGAAACGCACCUUGCUUGGAAGGAUCAGCAUUUUUUACACUUCUUUGUACUGUUUUUUUAUUUUCUGUGUGGUGAAGUCAGUAAAUGGAUUUUAAAAAACCCAGAA